CAUUAACUAGUUUAAACUUGUGAGUUUUGUUUGGACUGUAAUUUGUCGAGACUCAAAUGUCUAUUGUUGCUUUUAUUCAGAUUAAGAAGAAUGGAUAUUCCUCCAACAGCUUCACCUCCACGCCUUAAAAAAACUCAAAUGAUGUAAGAUGGGAUUAUGGAGUUUUGUGUGAUGCAUGAUUUUCUGACAAGGUUAAAUGUUUGUUGUGUGGAAAAGAGUUCUCUGGUGGUAUAUUCAGAAUGAAGGAGCACAUUGGUCAUCUGAAAGGAAAUGUUGCAGCUUGUCCAAAGUCAACUAAAGGAGAUCAAGAGAAGUGUAAAAAGGCUUUAGCUGAAACUAAGAACAAGAAAAGUAUGAAGAGGAAACAUGAGGAAGCUUUGAGGGCAGAUGUUGAUAUAAGCAAGGACACUGUCAUUGAAGAACUAACAAAAGAGCUUGGAACUCUUAAAAAUCCCCACUUCCAAGGUCCUAUUGAUCAGUUUGCGAGCCCCAUUAAUCCUGAAGUGUCAAUGGCUGCAAAUACGCGACAACAAAGCCUCCAUGAUGCUAUUUCAAAGGCGAAGACACAUGCUGUCCACCAAUAUUGUGCUCGAUGGAUCUAUCAAUCAAAUAUCCCAUUUAAUGCCGUUGACAAUGAGGCUUUUUAGGUUAUUCUGUGAAGCUUUAGGGCAGUUUGGACCUGGAUGGGUACCUCCUCCACAAUAUCAGCUGAGAGAACCUUUGCUAAAUGAAGAAAAGCAAAGGACAAAAGAAAAGUUAAAGGGUCUGGAAGAGGAAUGGGACAUAGAAGGUUGCUCGGUUAUGACGAAUGUGUGGACUGAUAGAAAGAAACGAAGCGUCAUGAAUCUGUGUGUUAAUUCAAGAGGGGCUACAUGCUUCCUUUCUUCAAAGGAUGCUUCUAAAGAUGCUCACACCAGUGAAUAUAUCUUCAGCUACAUUGACAAGUGUAUUGAAGAUUUAGGGGCUAAGAAGGUUGUGCAAGUUGUCACAGAUAAUGCCACCAACAAUGUAGCAGCUGCUAGGCUUCUUAAGGAGAAGAGACCGAGAAUAUUUUGGACUACAUGUGCUGCUCAUACUGUUGAUUUGAUGCUUGAGGGAAUUUCCAAGCUGACAGUUUUUGCUAAAGUUAUAGAGCAAGCAAAAAAAUUCACUAUAUUUGUGUAUGCUCAUUAUAUAACAUUAAACAUGAUGAGAGCAUAUACGAAAAGAGAUAUUGUGAGGCCAGGAGCUACAAGGUUUGCAACAUGCUUUUUGACACUUAAUAGUCUAUUCGAAAAGAAGGCACAGCUGAGGAACAUGUUUAAUAGUAAUGAAUGGCAUGACUGCAAACAUUCAAAUACUGCAAAAAGGAAGCUAGCAUCUGAAACUGUGAUGAGUUGUUCAUUUUGGAACAAUGUUACGACUGUUUUGAAAGUAUUUAGUCCAAUGGUGAAGGUUCUGAGGCUUGCUGAUGGAGAGAAGAUUCCUUCUCUUGGUUUUAUUUACGGUGAGCUCUUAGUGGCUAAGAAUUCUAUCAAAGAAGCUACUGACCAUUUGGAGAAGAACUACCAGCCUAUUUUUAAGAUCAUUGAUGAGAAGAUGAAAGGUAUGUUGGAUUAUCCUUUGCAUAUGGCUGCUUACUUUCUCAAUCCAUUCUACUUCUACAAAGACCCCAAUAUUCAGUGUGACUUGGAGGUUAUGGACGGAUUCAUCAUGUGUGUAGAGAUAUUCUAUCAUGGUGAUUUUGAAAAGCAAGAUUUAGUUGUCAAUCAUGAAGUUAAUCUAUACAAGAACAGAAAUGGCUCUUUUGGUAGAAACUUGGCAAUGACAGACUGUGAGAAGAAGGAAAACUUUGACCCAGGUUUGUUUUUCAUUUUACUAUCUUCGUUUAAAAAGAAUAUUUUACACAAGAUGACUUUGAUUAUCUCCCAUUCAACUUGUUUAACCUCAGGGAAUUGAUGGUCGACGUAUGGAUGUGGUACACCACAUCUGUAGAAGUUAGCAACAAGGAUCCUUGCUUUGACAUCUAGUUCCUCUGGCUGUGAAAGAAACUGGAGCAGCUUUGAAGCGGUUAGUGUAUUAGUUACUUCUUUACAAUGUGUUUCUAGACUGAUUUUAUAUCUAACUAAAUGUCACUUUUGUUGUUAUAGAUACACAAAAAAAAAAAAGAAAUAGGUUAGAUGUGAAUAGGCUAAACAGUCUAGUCUAUGUCCAAUGCAAGAUUGUUUAACAAGCACAAAAAUAUCAGAGAAAACAAUGUUGAUGUCAUCUUCGAUGAUGGUAACGAAGACAUUGUUGAAGAUUGGCUUGUGGAGCAUGUAGAAAAAAUGGACAGUGAUGUUAAUUUUGUGCUUACCACCCAAGCCCCAAAAGUAAGAGAUCUGUAUGAUGAUGAUUUUGAAUCAGAAGAUGAAGAUAUUGUGGACAUGGAGUUUGAACCUGAUGUCUUCCAAAAAGAUCCUAUCUUUCAUGAUUCGCAGCCUCUUCAGCAGUAGAGUAAAACUUGAUUUUUUUGUCUGUCUUUAGCUUUUAUAACUCAGAUUUUAAUUGUCUCAUUUUUUUUAUCUUUACUUUCAGGCAAGUAUGAGGCUGUAACUUCUAACGCAUCAACUCCACUACAAGAUCGAGCCAAUAUAUUUGUUUGAUUAUUGAAGAAUAGAGGAUUGAAAGUGCAAUCCUAAAUUUCUUUUUUGGUUGUUCUCAAAAUCAAAACAAUAUAUUUUUUUUUGUCUCUUGUAAGUGGAUUAUAUUUUGUAAAUGGAUGUGAACUAAAAGAAGUACAAUUAUAUUUUGUGAUC